AGAAUCCUUACAAGUGUUCACUGUGACAAGAGAUUCAUUGAUUCGGCAAAUCUAAAAAAACACGAGAGGAUCCACACUGGAGAGAAACCUUAUAAGUGUGCACACUGUGAAAAGAGAUUCAGUGAUUCAUCAAGUCUGAAAACACAUAAGAUGAUUCACACUGGAGACAAACCUUAUAAGUGUUCACACUGUAACCAGAAAUUUAAUCAGUUGCCAAGUCUGAAAACACAUGAGAGGAUCCACACUGGAGCGAAACCUUAUAAGUGUUCACACUGUGAAAAGAGAUUCAGUGAUUCAUCAACUCUGAAAAAACAUAAGAUGAUCCACACUGGAGAGAAACCUUAUAAGUGUGCACACUGUGAAAAGAGAUUCAGUGAUUCAUCAACUCUGAAAAAACAUAAGAUGAUCCACACUGGAGAGAAACCUUAUAAGUGUUCACACUGUGACCAGAGAUUUAAUCAGUUGCCAAGUCUGAAAAUACAUGAGAGGAUCCACACUGGAGAGAAACCUUAUAAGUGUUCACACUGUGACAAGAGAUUCAGGAAUUCAUCAAAUCUGAAAACACAUGAGAGGAUUCAUACUGGAGAGAAACCUUAUAAGUGUUCACACUGUGACAAGAGAUUCAGUCAUUCAACAAGUCUGAAAACACGAAGGAUCCACACUGGAGAGUAACCUUAUAAGUGUGCACACUGUGAAAAGAGAUUCAGUGAUUCAUCAAGUCUGAAAACACAUAAGAUGAUUCACACUGGAGACAAACCUUAUAAGUGUUCACACUGUAACCAGAAAUUUAAUCAGUUGCCAAGUCUGAAAACACAUGAGAGGAUCCACACUGGAGAGUAACCUUGUAAGUGUGCACACUGUGAAAAGGGAUGCAGUGAUUCAUCAAAUUUGAAAACACAUGAGAGGAUUCACACUGGAGAAAACCGUCAUCACUGCACUGUA